AUCUUCAAUUCCAUACAUUCGUUUGCCACGAACGAGUGUGUACGGUUGGAUUCCACGUAGGAAUACACAAGUUCAAGCGUACUAUUAGUUUUGGCGGUAGCGGUGGAGUAGUGCUGCAAAUUCAGUACCGGAAACCUCGGAAAGCGUGCGCCGCGUACCGCUCCGUGAUCAAAGCCAACCGUAGUUUGAAAAUUUGGUUUCGAGUUCAGGAUACACCGUGAAAAUCGCCUCACAUCCAACGCACCAAGAUUCGGAGUUACGUGAUUCGCUUUUAUAACAGCUUCGUUCUGAGUGGGGCAACGUGUUACGACACCAACCAGGCAAACACGUUCUUGGAAAAGGAAAACUCUGCGGGAAAACAAGUGCAAUUAGAACGGAAAUAAACUCAAGACGAGACCCAGACGCCUCGGCCGCCGAGGACGCACCAGCGUUCAGUUAGGAAACGCGUUUUUCGCGGGCUCGAAAACACCAAAGUGCGCGCGUGUUACAUAAGCGCGUUAUGAUGAGUCGUGAUUAUCCAACAGUUUUUUGGUGACCCAACGAUUUGUGUUUCAGCUUUUCCCUUGAGCUAAUUUGCCGCGAUUACGCGGCGGCUUGGGUUCAGAGUUGCAGCAGUGCAACGUGAUUUCACGGGCGGCUUUCGUGUGGACAAUAUUGUUGCCGAGCUUUCACGCAGAAAUGCGUUACACGGUGCAAGUGAUUCCACGUUUUGCAGCCAGUUCAUAACAGUCGUGAGAGUUUUCGAACAAUCGUCGUUACAAAACAUAUAUUGCUUGGUUUGCAGUGAUUACAUGGAUGAAAUCGAGCAGUUACAGAAUAUAUUUCGGAAUAUUACAUAAACACUGAGGGGAAGCUAACAGACGCCGCGAGCGAGUGGUCGACUGGUUAGGUGCGAGCCCUGAUCCUUCGCACUCAAUUUAGAUAUUCAUUACGCUUCCUCUUUUGCCGGGCGUUCCUCCCCCGGAAUAUCGCGUGAUUUCUCUACAUUGCCACCCUCUUUCUCUGCGGCUCCCACUUCCUAUUGAGUCAUAUCAAAAAUACACCCGUUUGAUGUGACACAAAUCAAAUGUGUGAUGUGCGUCUGAUACUUGUCUAAUGUGUGCUCCCUGAAUCUCGAAAAUUGCGGAAAAUUACAUAACCGACAUUAGAUAAUAUUCAGUGCUUGGCGAAAUAUCGAAUUUGAUAUUAAUUGUGCAGGAGUUUUUUAUCUCCACCAAUGUGUUAGCAAGAAGUCUGCACGGUAAAGUUCAUGUGUUUGGUUUUCGUUAGAGUGUGCAGUAAUUAAAAGUUAUCGGCAAUAAAUAGAACUUGUCGUCACCUAUGCGAAAAUCUGAUAGUUCGCGUUACGUUCUUUCGAAAGUGAAACAAAAAUGUCAAAAGUAGUGAAACUGAAAUCGUAUUCAUCCCGUUCCAGUCCAUCAUCAACGAUUUCCAGCUCUAAUUUUUCCCAUAUUGAGUCAUAUACAGAGCGGAAUGGGACACAGAGGCCUUCUGUGGACCCCUAUCCUUUAUAUGGAGACUCACUUGCCCACAAUGGGCGCCUUGCUGAAGCGUUCGACGCAUAUGCAUUUGUGGCCAACUGCUUAGGUGCUCCUCCACCCCUCGAUCAGUUAAAACGCCUCAGUGCGGCCCUUAUUGAAAGUGUAAUGUCCCAUAAUGAGCAAAAUGCGAGUUUCGCCAGUUCAACCAUCGUGUCUUCUACCCCACAGUUGCCACAAUAUGCAACCAAGUCGCUGAUCGUGGACCCAAUGCUGUGUCCGAAGUGUGAAGAAAUUCCAAUAUGUCCUAUAACCGACAUCUGCGGAUAUACUUUCUGUCGCGAGUGUUACGGGAACUCGUCCCAUUGUAUAAUGUGCAACACGAAAUGGGGUGGUAGCGGUAGCCUUUCGCAGUGCGGUAGAGUGUCCAGUUGUGAUCAAUAUAGUACGCGGGUGUACAGUAGCGCAAGUGAUUUAACGGCAGAUGCGAAUAAUGCGUGCUGUUCGGGGCCGGCAUCCCCUUCUGCGAAUCAUCUGCCUAAACCGGAUGUCCUUGUUAGACGACUAAUAGAUAAACUUUAUCCGAAUGAGGUUCGAGUUCGCGAGUUGAACGAGGAAGCACAGCAACAUUUGGAUACCAAUUCGUACGAUGAGGCAUUGAAAUGCUGCAACGAGAGUUUGGAAAAAUCUCCGAGCCACCACAGUAGUCUGCUGUUGCGAUCCAAAGUUUUGUACAAUUUGAAUCACUUCCAAAGCUCAUUGGCGGAUGCAGAUAAUGCACUCAAAAGUCGGCCCACGUCAGCCAAGGCAUACCACAGACGUGCUUUGGCACUCACAGGGCUUGGGAGGUAUGAAGAGGCUUUAAUAUCACAAUGCUUGGCUGCCACCCUUGAUGUAAAGAUGUCAUUUGCAGCGACGACGUCGUUUCGGAAUGAAGUUAGUCGGCUGCUGCAGAGAUUCUUUGUCCCAUCAAUGCGCUCACACAUUUCCGCAUCGUUAUCUUCAGCACCCUAUAAUCUGGAAGUAUCAAGACGACGUCGAAGACGACGCCAAAUUCAUGUAUCACGAAAUAUUGGUUCUAGUGAUUGUGAUGAAACGAAUUCUAGUUGCGGUGAGGACGACCCCCACGUCGUACAUAAUGCUCGCCAUCAGUUUCGAAGGAUGCUGAAUUUCACGUCGGCAAGCGGAACAAUUCCAAGGACAAAUACAAGACUUAGAUCACUAUUAGAUAGGAUACAACAAGAAGUGCAGAAAAUGAAAAGAGCUGAGCACAAAGUUAACUUCAGUCAAAUCAAUCCUGCCCAAAUCGACAUAGCUGAUUUCGAUUGUGUGUUGUGCUGCAGAACGUUAUGGAGGCCUGUGGUGACACCGUGCGGUCAUACAUAUUGUUGGGUAUGCUUAGAUCGAUGCAUGGUCUACUCAUCAUCCUGUCCACUAUGUAUGUCACCGCUGGUAGAACAAUAUCGCUCAAGCUAUCGAGGUUCUGCAACACCCAUACCUUUUUCUCUAGCCAAGCGAUCUGUGACGAAAUUCCUAGAAGCUGCCAUGCAACGAUUCAUUCCAGAAUGGUAUGAGAAGCGACGGCAGCAGGAAGUAGAUUUAGAGCCAUCCGUACCCGUUUUCAUUUGUACAACAGCAUUUCCACAUGUGCCAUGUCCUUUAUUUGUCUACGAACAUCGAUACCGUCUUAUGGUAAGGCGAGCCAUCGAAUCCGGCGAAAGACAAUUCGGCAUUGUGCAACCUCAUACCGGAAAAUCUCGCUACUCGGAUGUAGGGACAAUGCUUGAAAUCCGAGACUGUGUGCUGUUAGGGGAUGGAUGCUCUAUCCUUAGUACAAUUGGAUUUCGACGGUUUCGUAUUUUGACACGGGACGAAAAAGAUGGUUACGAAACAGCUAAAGUGGAAUAUAUCUACGAUGAACCAAUUCCAAAGGAUUACGUACAUGUGGUUAGCGAUAUGCAUUCAGCGGUAUUAAGGAAAGCAAUAAAGUGGUAUGAAAGUCUGACGGAUGACAUAAAAGAGGAAAUUCUAAGAAGCUUUGGACCAAUGCCCAUUCUAGAGGAGAAUUGGGAAGCUGUUGCUGAUGGACCGGCGUGGGCAUGGUGGAUUAUUGCCAUCUUACCAUUGAAUCAACCAUUGAAGGUUGAUAUCCUGGCGACUACAAAUCUAGAAAAACGCCUCAAAGCAAUCGGUAAAACACUGGACUACAUAACCGGGAAACUGCGGAGAUCUCAACAAAGCUGUGUUGUGGUUCAAUGUGAAGGAUUACCGACAUGUCAGGCAAUUGACUGCUGCCAACGGACUACUUCAACGUCAUCCACAUCUGAUGAACAAACACCAGCAACUGAUAGAACGGAAUUCAUGUUGUAGCUCACAAUCAUCCUUGGCAGAAAGGGACACACUUCUAACACUUCCUCUAAUGAAAAUUGAUUUCUCUUUCACCACAUCCAAAUUUACAACAAUGGAAAAAUCAGUAUGAUCUGUUAUAUUUUACAAAAUCACACACUAAAGCUUUAAAAACUGGAAAUUAUACAAAGCAGAUAAGAGCGUUUGUCUGUAUAGUAAUAUUCAAAUUAUUAAAUAUCUAAUUAUCCAGAAAAGGUUGAAAAACUAUAGUAACUACUCGUCGUUUUUCAUAUGAGGUUUUCUUUGGGGGGCCAAAUUUCAUAGACAGUCUUUUUACACUUUCUGUUCUGUGUAUUCUUUUUAUAUUUUUUCUACAUGUGUACGUAGAUGUGAAAGUAUUUAAAGUGUAUUUUAAAGAUAUUGAGUAAGAAACAAGACACAAUCAGUCCAGAGGGAACUAUGAAUAAUAUGUAUAGCUAGGAAUUACAUACUUUAGACUCUGUAUAUGUAUGUAUAUGUUUUGAAACUGUAUAAUUUUUCCAAAGUGUAACGUAAUUUUCUCACGAUUGGAAUGAAAACAAGUAGCAACCGUCAUAUUGCAGUUGUAGCAUAGUUCAAAAGAAAAGUAGAUCAAAUAGUAUUGACAUUAUUUUAACGAUUUUUACUAACAUUUCGAGGCUUCGAAAUCAAAAUAUUUACAUUCCGAAAAGUCAAUGCCUCAUUAUGUGAAAAUUAUACUUUAUUGAAUUUUGCGUUGCUAUAGUUGCACUUUGUGUGAUUUGGGUAAGCACUUGAUGUCCUGCAACUGCGUUAAAACCAUUCUGAAUGGUUCAAUUUCAAGAAUAACUCCACCAGGUUUGAAUAAUUCCGGAUUGACUGAUUUUUUUGUUUUAUUUCUUUAUUCCAAAGGUCUUUCCCUUUGAGCGCAUACAUAGUAUUUGCGAGGGGUGGCAUUCAUAAGCUGAAGCAUCCGAAAUUCAAUAAUUAUUGAUACGGUAGUGUUAUUAGUGCGCUAGGUUCAACUCUUCUUAACUAUGCAUGUCAAUGUAGCCCAUGGUUUCCCAUCCAUGGUUGAUAAACUGGUUUGUUUGUCAGAAUUGUACGCGUAAAUAAAAUAAAUUUCCAUCCGUUUAUUUUUAAAAAUCCAUAAAAGCAUCAAAUAUUAAUAUUUCAUCCAAUUCAUAAUCUACAGAACUGUCAAAGCGUUUCAGAAUACACUUAAAACAUUUGUAGACAAUCCGAUAUCGUAACUGAACAGAACAAAAUAUUGAACUUUAUUAUAAUGAAAACUUGCUACAGUUAUAUUUGAUACAAACUAAAUAAAUAUACUGUCUUUAUCUCUGUAAAAAUGUAGUCGCUAGUGAUUGUAUAUUUCAUCAUCAAUUCAAUACAUCCCUUAUAACAUUUUGAAAACUUCAAUCAGUUUAAACCAUAUUUUGUGCAAGGCAUUUUUAUGAUUGCUCAAUAGUUUUUGGACCUGAAUAAAUUUCUAAUUUCGCACAGCAGAUAUAAAUGUAUAGUAAACGGCAAAUUUAUUUUAAAUGUAUCACUAUUUGCAGUUUUAUCGACAAAACUCUAUUGUAUUAUCAUCAUUGCUUUCCAAAAAACUGUACACUUCGAUAUCUUAUGUAACUUUUGCAUGGUUGGAGUCGCUUUCUAGCCAAAAUUUAUUUGAUUGUGCUACGAUAGUGAAUAAUUUAUUAUCUUAUAGUUUUUAUACUCACUGACCGAGGGAAUAUCCUAAGAGUAAAGUUAAUAAAUAUGAAACAUAUGAUGCUGUGAAUAAUUUUAAGUAAUAGUUUAUAUAAUUGCUUUAUAUUUUUUUAUAUUUAUUUUAUGUGUAGUUUAAAGAAAAAUUCUUUCAAAGCGAAAAAAUCGAUUAAGUUUCAUUAAGGCGACAUAGGAAUCAAAGUAUUUAUUCUAUAUUACCAAAUAUUGUCAUGUGCUUGUCGCUAAGUUUCGUGUGAUUAUCAAAAUAUUUCUUUCAAAGAACUACUACUACAUAUAAAGUAAAUAAACUUUUUUAUAAUCAUUGAUCAUUUAUUUUUUUAUAAAGUUUAGUAGAUAAACAAACCUAGCUUUUAUACUUUUUUUCUACAGAAAGUAAAGAAUUUAUAUACAUUAUAUGAUAUUUAAGUCAACAAAUAGCUUCAAAACAAGAAAACUAAUUUACCAAUUAUAGAGGAAAUGGUUUAAGAAAAAACUUCAAAUUUUUGAACAAAUUGGAAAUUACAUAAUACAUGUCGGACAUUACUGACUAGUAAAAGGCAAAGUAUUUUUGUACGUCAAGGUUUUAUCUGCACGUAUAUGUAAUCUUAUGUAUAUUAAAUGUUUUGUGAUAUUGUGUACACACGACUUUUAAAAUAUAUGCAUGUAAAAUUAGUUUUCUUUCUAUUUUUGCAAUCGAUAUAAUUAGUUCUAGAAUUUCUCUCCAUUACGUCUCAUUUAAACGGACGGUGUUUAAUUCAAAAUAUAAAACCUGCAUGAUAACAGUAAUCAAUAUCAAUCAAAACUUAUAGCCCUUCUAAAUUCUUAUUCAAAUCCAAUCAUGAAUGUUUUAUUAAUACCAUUGAUAAAUUUUCAAUUUCAAAAGCAUACCUUCAAAACUUGAAAUAAAUAAUUCGUUAAAAUCUUUUUAUACCUGAAUUUCGAAUUAUCAAAUAACAUAAUGUUCUAUAUAUAUUCAAGGAACUGUUGAAGAAAAAUUAAGAGAAGAGAAUAAAUGUUACUUUACACUUAGCUUUUAGUAUUUAUUAAAUUUAUCUCCUGUAAAACAAAUAAGUAAAACCAGAAAAAAUCUGUAAAUGUCAUCGUCAAAAUCAGAAAAAAAAAGAAAAAUAUAAAAAAUAAAAUUAUUCUUAUGAUAUAAAAAU